AAUGUCUUUAGCCCAAGAAUUACUAGCCGAUUUAGAAGAAGAGGGGGAUGAUGAAUUAGAUGAUAUUGGCAUUAAAAAGGAAGAGGAGGAUGAUUUUAUUGAUGAAAUUACUGAAGAAAAACCUUUAAUAGACACUACAAAAUAUGAGAGGGUUACGGAUGUUGCUAAAUUGACAAAUUCUGCAAAUUAUAUGGAAUUAAAAGCAGAGCUUAAUAAAUAUGUAGAGAUGGAUCAAGUACCAAAAAUUACCAUUCCAAUCGAAUCGGAUCCUCAAUAUAUUCUUGUUGUUCGAUUUUCUGAGUUAGCAACCGAAAUUGAUCAGGAAAUGAAUGUUAUACACAAAUUUGUGAGGGAUAAAUAUGAAAAACGCUUUCCUGAAUUAGAAUCUCUUGUUCAAAUGCCGUUGGAUUACAUCAAUACUGUUAAACUUUUGGGGAAUGAUAUUGACACAAAUAGCCGAAAAGAAGUUAUUCAUACUAUUUUGCCCGCGGCUACGUGUAUUGUCGUCAGUGUUACUGCUUCAACUUCUCAGGGAACACGACUUGAACAAAAUGAGUUAGAUAUAAUAAUGGAAGCCUGUUCAAUGGCAGAAGAACUUUAUGACCAAAGAAUGAAAAUGCACAUGUUUGUAGAAUUGAGAAUGUCUUUAAUUGCUCCAAAUUUGUGUCGAAUUGUUGGAGCGGGGACUGCUGCGAUGAUUGUUUCACAGUGUGGAGGGCUUACUCCUGUAGCCAAAAUGCCUGCUUGCAAUGUUUUGAUAUUAGGUUUUUUUAAUUUUUGGGGGGAAUUUGGAGAGGGUGGAUUUGCGGACUUUUUUUGCGACUUUUUCUAUUUUCUCGCUUUUCGUCCUUGUACUCAAUCACUUUGA